CCGAAUCAGUAGAUCCACUGAGGUCGCGGCUUUGGACAUGCCCCACGGCGGUGAUUCUGUUGGCUUUAAAAAAAUAUAUUAUUAUUGUUCAUUCCUGUCGCCGCGGUGUAAUUGGGCCUGGGGAACAGAUCCGUCCGGCGGAGCCGGGGUUAAGUUGACAGGCUCUGAAAAGCCAGCUCGCGGUGGCUGGUGACCCGGGUUCCGGCUCGGGUCCUUCAGCGAGCAGCCCAGGCCCUGAGCGGGAGGGAUGGAGAACUCCUCAGCAGCGUCGGCCUCCUCCGAGGCCGGGAGCAGCCGCUCCCAGGAGAUCGAGGAGCUUGAGCGGUUCAUCGACAGCUACGUGCUUGAGUACCAGGUGCAGGGGCUGCUGGCCGACAAGACGGAGGGGGACGGCGAGAGUGAGAAGACGCAGUCCCACAUCUCCCAGUGGACGGCGGACUGCAGUGAUCAGCUGGACUGCAGCUACUCUUUCUCCCGAGGGCGAGCCCCCCUGCAGCAGAAUGGCAGCAAAGACACCUCUCUGGACAUGCUGGGCACAGAUAUCUGGGCUGCCAACACCUUUGAUUCCUUCAGUGGUGCCACCUGGGACCUGCAGCCUGAAAAGCUGGACUUCACCCAGUUCCACCGGAAGCUCCGACACACGCCCAAGCAGCCCCUGCCACACAUCGACCGUGAAGGGUGUGGAAAAGGGAAGCUGGAAGAUGGGGAUGGAAUCAACCUGAAUGACAUCGAGAAGGUCCUCCCGGCCUGGCAGGGCUACCACCCGAUGCCCCAUGAGGUGGAGAUUGCGCACACGAAGAAGCUGUUCCGGAGGAGAAGAAAUGACCGAAGGCGGCAGCAGAGACCCCCAGGAGGGAACAAGCCUCAACAGCACGGUGACCACCCACCGGGCAGUGCCAAACACAACAGGGACCACCAGAAAUCCUACCAGGGGGGCUCAGUGCCCCACGCCUCAGGGAGGUCCACCCAUCACGGCUACAGCCAGAACCGGCGCUGGCAUCACAGCAACAUGAAGCAUCCACCAGGCGACAAGGGGGAGGCAGGCGCCCACCGCAGUGCCAAAGAGACCGUGACCAUGGAGAGCCCCAAACUCGAGGACGCCCUGGGGGAUGCCGGGCACAGCGGCCUCGAGCCUCCCUGCAGCCCUGAUGCCCUGGCCCCGGUGGCUUCCGAGAGGCUGCCCCUGCUGCAGCCAGGCGGUCCAGAGGCUGAGACAAAGCGUAAAGACAGUAUUAUUCCCGAGCGCAGUGGGGAGCGGCCCAAAGUUACCCUGCUCCAGUCUUCCAAAGACAGGCUGCGGCGAAGGCUGAAAGAAAAGGUACCGGAUGAAGUGGCCGUGGAGACCACCAACCCUCAGCAGAACAAGAUGGACAAGUUGAUUGAGAUCCUGAACAGCAUGAGAAACAACAGCAGCGACGUGGAUGCCAAGCUCACCACCUUCAUGGAGGAGGCCCAGAACUCGACCAACUCCGAGGAGAUGCUGGGGGAGAUCGUCCGCACCAUCUACCAAAAGGCCGUGUCCGACCGCAGCUUUGCUUUCACGGCCGCCAAGCUCUGCGACAAGAUGGCGCUCUUCAUGGUGGAGGGGACCAAGUUCCGGAGCCUGCUUCUCAACAUGCUUCAGAAGGACUUCACAGUGCGGGAGGAGCUGCAGCAGCAGGAUGUGGAGCGCUGGUUGGGCUUCAUCACCUUCCUGUGCGAGGUCUUCGGCACCAUGCGCAGCAGCACGGGCGAGCCCUUCCGCGUGCUCGUCUGCCCCAUCUACACCUGUCUCAGGGAGCUCUUGCAAUCUCAGGAUGUGAAGGAAGAUGCCGUCCUGUGCUGCUCGAUGGAGCUGCAGAGCACAGGCCGACUGCUGGAGGAGCAGCUGCCCGAGAUGAUGGCGGAGCUCCUGGCCAGUGCCCGCGACAAGAUGCUGUGCCCCUCAGAGUCGAUGCUGACCCGGUCCCUGCUGCUGGAGGUCAUCGAGCUCCACGCCAACAGCUGGAACCCUCUGACGCCCCCCAUCACGCAGUACUACAACAGAACCAUCCAGAAACUGACAGCCUGACAGCCAGGGGGCCUGGCGGGUGGCCCGAGGGCAGCUGGGGCCCUGGUGCACAGAGCCAGAUGGACAGGCGGGAGGACAGGGGUGGCCCUGCCGGCAGAAAGAAAUGGGGAGGAAGGCAAGCAGAGCCGGCGGCCAGUAUGGAGCCAGACGGGGAAGGGACCAAAGCCCUAGGAGGAGCGCCCCCCUACCCGAGCCCCCCAGCCCGAGCAUGCGGCCGCUCACACCAGUAA